AAACUAAUCAUUUUAAAAAUAAAAACAAAAGGGGAAUGACCUUGUUUUCUAAAUUUAGAUGACAGAUGCGUAUGACGUCAUGAUUUAAAAAUGGCUGCUCUCUUCGGACACGGGAACCCUCUUGCAACUCCGGUUGGACAAUUAAUCGAAAAAGCUACAGAUGGAACCCAGCCUUCAGAGAACUGGGCUCUGUACAUGGAAGUAUGUGACAGAAUUAAUGAAACAGAUGAAGGACCAAAAGAUGCAGGCAAGGCAUUUAGGAAAAGACUAUCACAGAAUAUGGGCAAAAACCAUACUGCUGUUCUCUACACAUUAACUUGUUUAGAGACAUGUGUAAAGAACUGUGGGCGUAGAUUUCAUAUCCAAAUAGCUAAUAAAGAUUUCCUUAAUGAUAUGGUUAAAGUGAUAGGACCGAAGUAUGACCCACCACAAGCCCUGCAGGAGAAGGUUCUCAGUAUGAUACAGACAUGGGCAGAUGCAUUUAGAGGAUCUCCAGACAUGAAAGAUGUAGAGAAAGUCUAUCAAGAUUUGAAGGCAAAAGGAAUAGAGUUCCCAAUGACUGAUCUAGAUAACUUAGCACCAAUACACACUCCAGCCAGGACACAGGGUGGUGUGGACCCAGAACCACUUAGUAGGAGUAGAGGCAGUACCACAAAUAGAGCAACUUCAGUUCGUAACACUGGCCAGGUUUUGUCUCCUGCUCCGGUACCUGUUGUUCCACAGCCGUCCGGUGGACCGGUCAUACCGUCCCAGGAACAGCUGGCAAAACUCCGCAGUGAACUGGACGUGGUACAGGGCAACGUAAGAGUGAUGAGUGAAAUGUUAACAGAAUUAUCACCUAGCAACGUAGAUUCCUCAGAUUUAGAAUUAUUACAGGAAUUAAACAGAACAAACAGACAAAUGCAACAAAGAAUUGUAGAACUUUUAGAUGGAAUUCCAAAUGAAGAAGUUACAAAUGAAUUAUUACGAGUCAAUGAUGAUCUGAACAAUGUGUUCUUACGUUAUGAAAGAUUCGAGCGAUACAGAACUGGUCAGACAGGACAGACACAGGAUGUGGAACCAGCCUCUGCUGACUCUGUCCACCCACCCUCUUAUAAUGAUAUUGUACAACCUGAAAAUAAUGUACAGGUACCACCUGAAAAUGCCAGUGUUGGUAACUUGAUAGAUUUGGGAGAUGAUACCACAACAACUACCACACAAGUCGCUGAUCAAAUGGCUAAAAUGAAUGUAAAUGGGGCCCACGAUGAUUUUGACAUGUUUGCUCAAUCGAGGAAGUCAUUUGACCAGAAUAAAGAAAACAUGGGAUCUGGUACCAAUUAUGUAAAUGAGGACCAGUUUGGUCAGGGUACAGGUGUUGGUCAGGCUGUAAACAUGAAGGCACAAACACAGCCAAGUGAGGAGGAAAUCCUACAGUCGGGAUUACAAACGAGAAAGUUACAAGACAAGGAGACAGAUUAUGAUGAAAUGGAACAAUGGUUAAAGCAGCACGAGGAGGCCACAGGAGCAGGCAAACCCGAGGAACCCAUCUCUAGUUCAGAAUUUGACAAGUUUUUAUCAGACCGAGCCUCUGCAGCAAGCACUCUACCCUCUAUAUCAGCACAGACAGGGGCACAGCAAAACAGACGGCAAUUACAGAAAGAUGAUGAUGAUAAUCCAAUGUUUGCCUUGUAGUGAUUGCUUUAUACUAUACCUGGACUUUAUCUAUCUUCAUUUUUUGAAGAGUAGCUGGCUGGUUCCAAUGUUAUGUAUUGUAUAAGACAUAGUAAGGUAACCAGCAUUGUGUAACAGACUGUCAUGUGGAAAAAAAGCAACAGGUGAACAACUUCUUGCAGUUAUUAGUUCUAUUGAGGGCAACACUGGUCACUUGUCAACUACUAGUAUUGUUCAUCACACAUGUACAUGUAUCCUUGUUUCUUGUUUUGCCACAGGAAUCAUUCUUGAGUCUCAAAGACUAUGGUAGAGAACCAAGAAAUAUACAAUGUAUGCCAGAAAAUAGGUUGUGCAUAAAAGCUCAUUCAUAAAUGAUUCUGUUAUUAAGUUUAAAAUGGUGGGAAAUUAUCAUUGAAGUGAUGAAACACUUGAAAAAUUUUUUAAAGCCUUUCUAGAACACCAUUUCAUAUGAAUGUUUACAAUACAUGUUAAAUGUUUUAACUUUCUUAUAUUUAUAUUAGUUAUAAAGCUUUAGUUGAUUUUAUCAAAAUCAAGAAAUAGAGUUGAGAGAGCCUUAUUCAGUAUAUUGAUGGUCUCUGUUCAAAAUAAGGAACCUUCAGGAGAAGUAAAAAUGUUUUUUUUUCGAAAUUAUGCAAACAGCUAAAGGUACAAAAAAGUAGGAAUUGCAGUCCAGGCCCUGACUUUACAUAUUCCAGGUUAGAUGCAAGGUGCUGAGGUUGGAAUUUUUAGCAGGUGUGCCAUUUUGACAUUUUCUUCACAAAUUAUGGUUUGGCAUUUCAUGAAAUGAUCAAAUUAAGCUUUUCUGAUUACUUUAGCAAUUUGUCAUGUUCCAGAGAUAUGCUAAAUGAAUUUUCCGUUUUAAUGAUGCAAAAAAGUACAAAAGUGCCAGAAAUGAAUGGUCAUCAUUUUGAAUUGAGACCAUCGAUAUUAUGUUCCAUUGCCAGAAAAAAAGUCCUUGAAAAUGUACCGUAGAUACCCAUGUAUAAUGCGCAGUUUUUUGACCCUCGGGACCACCCCCGAAUCGUGGGUGCGCAUAAUACACAGGUAUAGACAAUUUUCCAACUUCAAAACAAGUUUGUUACCGAUGUUCGCCAUUUUGGUAAAGGGAAACUACUCCCCGCGCUUACUGUCUCCGCUAAAAUCUAAGAUUGCCGUUACGUUCCGUAAAAGAUCGAAUUGUUU